AUGUUCAAGACCCUCAUCGGCUUAUCACCAUUUCAACUAGUGUAUGGGAAGGCGUGCUAUUUACCAGUGGAGCUGGAGCACAAAGCAUAUUGGGCUCUCAAGUUGCUCAACUUUGACAACAACGCAUGCGGGCAAAAGAGGAAACUACAACUGCUGGAAUUAGAAGAGAUGAGACUGAAUGCCUACGAGUCAUCCAGAAUUUACAAGCAAAAGACAAAGGCAUAUCAUGACAAAAAGCUACAGAGGAAAGAAUUCCAGCCAGGACAACAGGUAUUACUCUUUAACUCAAGGCUAAGACUAUUCCCAGGUAAGCUGAAGUCCAAGUGGUCAGGGCCGUUUAUCAUAAAAGAAGUCAGACCUCACGGAGCAGUAGAAUUGGUGGAUCCUAGAGAAGAGAACUUUGAGAAGAAAUGGAUCGUCAAUGGACAGCGCUUGAAGCCUUAUAAUGGAGGACAACUAGAGCGAUUGAUGACCAUCAUCUACUUGAAUGACCCUUGA